UGAUAAAAUUUAAGUUAAGGUAUGUCUUAAGGAGGUCUGAUACUAUUUUGUGAAAUUGGUCAUUAAUUAGUUUACAUAAAUUAAGAAAUGAAAAUUGAAUUUCGUUGUGGAAACAUUUGUUUAAGUUGUAAAAAUAAAAGGUUGUUAAAAAAAAUAGAAGUAAAAAGAAAGCAAAAGAGAAACUAAAAAUAUGGUCUUUUAUGCACGAGGUCGUGUUAGAGUCAGUAUGGCCGUGUCGGCGAUUGGUAUAUCUCAGUGUAUAAGGAAUCCUAGUUUCUUGUGUCCUCUCUUGUGUCAUCUUAUGUCCUGCAGUUUUGCAAUAUCAUGCAUCAUUUUUGCAUAUCAUGUUGCCUGUGCGGCGCUACAAAAAGUGUAGCACGACACACGGCUGCGUAGCAGGCUUCGUGGAUUUUGUCAUGUCCUUUUUUGAGAGGAACCGUUUUAGCGAGGCGUCAGCGUUGUGGCGCUGUCGCCGUGUGUGGUUCGCAGGAACAGUAUAGGCAGUUAAAAGAACGUAUAGUGAGUCUCUGUAAAUCGACGGCUGUGUUCAGACCGAAACGCACUCCGCUCUAAUGGAACCCGAACGUAAUUCGACAUCAGAAUGGAUGGACAAUGGCGUGCCAUCAUGGAAUUGCAAAAUAAAAAUUUGAUCGAUCUUGUGCGAGCCAUUAAAACAACGGAACCUGGUGCAGGGCAGAGCAAAUUCGUGCACCUACCCAAAUUCAACCCAGAUAAGGCAGGUGCCAUCGCUUCAUCGUGGUGUUCAACGGUGGAAGUAAUAUUACAAGAAAAUACGUUGAAAGGCAGUGCGUUGGUUCUGGCUUUAAGUUCAGCAUUGGAGGGUAGCGCUUCGCAAUGGCUGUCCCAAGUGUGCUAUGCUGAUAUAACCAGGCUCGAGUUCAAGGAAUUCUUCAUACAGCGCUUUGAUACUUUAGAAACACCAGCCGCUAUGUUUCUAAAUAUGCUGACAAAGCGACCGACUGAUGGCGAGUGUCUCGCGCUGCACGCAAGCCGCAUGGUUACAGAACUAACGACGAAAUGGCGUGAAAUGGAGAAAGAAGAAAUUGCUGUGUCCGUGACUCUCGCAUUGCUGGCAAGCUUUGAUAACCGUUUGCAGCGUUUAAGUUUCACAUCAAAUGUUCGAACCAGAAGCGAUCUACAGUCCGAAUUAAAAGCGUUCACAUUUAAUAAAAGGAAAAGUGGCUUUGUGGAGCAUCAAUCUGAAGUUUAUCCAAAACGACAAAAGCAAUCUUUGAUCGAGUGUCAUUUUUGUGGAAAAUUAGGCCACAAAAUGUUUGAGUGCAAACUCAAGAAACAACAACAUCACCUUGCUAAUGACAAAGAGCGACAUGUCAGACACGAUGAACAUCGACGUGAAAAAUCAAAUGUAACUUGCUACAAGUGUGGAGACUGGGGACACAUAUCUACCCAAUGCACAAAGAAGGAAGCUGAUAGGAACAAGACAUUCAGCGUUGCAGUACCUAAGGGAUGCAUGAACCACAGAGGUCACAUUUUUGAAGUCACCUUUGAUUCCGGAGCUGAAUGCUCACUGAUAAAAGAAAAGCUAAGUGCUAAGUUUUCUGGUAAACGAUUAAAUAAUAUUGUUAUGUUAAAAGGCCUAGGCAGUAAUGGAAUAUGUAGUACUGUACAAGUUUUAAGUAACGUUAAGAUUAAUGUCAAUUUUAUUGAGAUUUUGUUUCAUGUAGUAGGCGAUGAUCACAUGCAAAACGAUAUCAUCAUUGGGCGUGAAAUACUUAAGCAGGGUUUUGAUAUUGUCAUUUCAUCCAACAAAUUUACAAUUUCAAGAGCCAAAAUAAUUAAUUUGUGUACCGGUUCUGAGCCAGCCGAUAUUUAUACCGAACUUGACGAAGAAAAUAAAAUAAAACUUAAUUCAUUGUUAGCAAAGUACUCAGAUUGUUUUACAAAAGGCAAUCCAUGUACUAAGGUUAAAGUUGGCGAAAUGAAAAUUAGAUUGUUGAUUGAUUGUUGAUCCAAGAAAAACAGUUCAAAGAAGGCCAUACCGAUUAAGUCCAUGCGAGCGAGAUUUAG